AUGAAUAACCCUCUAUAAUUUACAUCAUCAGCACCUCAACCCCACAUCAAUACAUUUAUGUAAUCAGGGGGUAUAGGCAUCCCUGAUCAAUUUUCUACAUCUACAUAUCAAAUUCCAAAUCAUAAUGCAUAUCAAGGAUCUGCAUUUCCCCCAAACAGCCAAUUUCAAGCUCCUAUUCCUUAAAUAAGCCCAAAUUAAUUUCAAUUUCAAAAACCAAUUAUACCUACCCAAACCGUAAAACAACCAGAUAAAUAAAUAGAAAAAUUAAAAGAAUAAUAUGAAGAAGAAAUAGACCAUUUAAAAGAAAUAAUUAAAAAAUUGGAAAUUUAAAUUCAUUAACUAAAAAAAGAAAUUUUAAAAUAGAAAAAUGAAUUUGAGGAAGAGUCUUUUUAACAAAGAUAAGGACAUAUUGAUGAAUUAAAUAAGUAAUAAGAUAUUACAAACAAUACGAAUUAGUAAAAUUAAACGAAAAUCAGAUAUCUAAAUGCUGAAAUAGUUGACUUAAAAGAACAAUUGUAGCAGAGGGAAACUGAAUUUAACAGGUAUAGACAAUAAAUCCUUCGAUCGACUGGAAAUAAUAAUAAUAAUUAAGAUUUAAUCGCAUAGUAUUUGAGUACAAUAGAUGAUUUAAGAUCAAAAAAUUCCUCACUAUCUAGGCAAUUGAGAGAAAGGGAUUCAAAAAUAUAAAAUUAGGAAUACGAAAUAGAAUAACUGAAAAAACAAUUAGAAAGAAGAAAUGAUAACAAAUAAUAAAUAGAUUAAUCAAAUUAAAAUGAAGAACAUGCUAGACUUAUUAAAGAGUUAUCAUCAAAGCUUUAAAUGCUCGAAUCUAAAGUUUAAGAAUUAGAUCAUAAGGCUUUUGUUGAAUAAAAGAAAAGAGAGGACAGAGAAAAAGAAAUUGGAAAGUUAAAAGAAACAGUUUCUACUCAAGAACACUAAAUUCAAUUAUAAUAAAUUGAAAUUGAUAAUGAUAAAAAAAUCAUAAAAUAUAUUUAAGAAGAAACAAGUAAAAAUUAGGGUGGAAACAAUAGUGCAUCAUUUAUUCCUCAUUUCAAUUAAGAAUUACAAAGACUUCAAGAAAAUACAUAGCGAGAAAUUCGUGAAAGGAAUAGGUUGGAGGAAGAGAAAAAAUAAAAUGAAUUGAUGAGAUAAAAAGAAUAGAAUGAAGUACAAAGGAAGGUCAAAGAAGAGAGGGAUUAAUAAGCAAAGAUUGAAAAGUAGAAAAAGGCUUGCAAAUUAAGAGAAGCCAUUAUGAAUUCUUAAGGAAUACUCUAAGUUGGACUACUGGUUGAUGUAACAGGAUCUAUGGACGAAUAUAAAGAUGCAACAAUGAAUAUGAUCCAAAAAACUAUGGGUUGCAUUAAAAGUUAAACAAAUCGAGAUUGUGAAUGGGGAGCUGUUUGUUAUUAAGAUUUUGCAGAGUUAAAACAAAGAGGAGAAUAUAUGUAACAUCAUUUUACCAAGGACUCAAAUAAAAUGAUAAGUUUCUUAAAGAAGAUUGUUUGUGAUGGUGGAGAUGAUGGUGCUGAAGACUUAAGAAAUGGAGUUAAAUAAAUGUUAAAUAAUUUGAAAUGGGAGAAAUAUUUUAAAAUCGCUUUAUUAAUCUGUGAUGCUCCAUGCCAUGGUAAAAAAUGGGCAGGUAAGGUUUUGGAUGAUUAUCCAGAUGAAGAUUUAGAGGAUGCUUUAUAACUAUUAAUUAAUAAAAAUAUAGUCUUGAUUGGAAUUGAAUUCUCAUAAAAUACAGAUGUUAUGUUUGCUUAAAUGAAAAACUUCUAUGCAAAAUAAAACAAAUAAUAAAUGUUAAUUAUAGUAGAUUUAAAAAACCGUAAACCUGAUUAAAUUUAAGAUUAGCUAAUAAAUAUUAUUUCUGAGGCAUCUAUCUCCAUAACAGAAGUGAAUUAAUAAGGAACUAAAACUAAAAAAGAAAACCCAAAAAGAGACGGGGCAUUUGAGGCCUUAUUUAAGCUGUUACCUGAUCCAACAAAGUUCAAUUUAGAUCCUAAAAUAACAACUAUCGAAACUAAAUUUAAGGUGUUUCGUGUAGAAAUUAAUUAGAAAGCUUUUGAAAGAAAUAUUACAACAAUCUAUAAAAUUAAAAUCCCAGAAGAUUAUAAUGUAACACUUGAAAGUGAAUGGAGUUGUGUAAGAACAUUAAAGCCAUUUGCUUUUGGGCAGCUUAAAGAAGUCUACCUGAUGAAAAAAUUGAAUAGUUAGGACGAAGUUUAUGUUAUUAAGAUGCCAAUUGGAGGUUAAACUUAUAAAACCAGAAAUGAGGCAAUCUUGGAAUGCAGAUCCCAUUUGAUUUCAAAAAGCUUAAUGCAAAAGUUUAUGUCUGAUUUAAGUGACAAAGGAUUCCAUGAUAUUUAAAUUAGGUAUUCGGAUUUCUUAAUCCUUUAAGAGCACGAUUCAAGCUUCUGGAUUGCAGAACGAUUUUUCAAGGGAGAUUUUGUCAAAUUCAAUAAUAACUAUGGAUAUAUUAACCCAAAUAACAACAUCUUAAACAAUAUAGCUUAGGUGUUCUCUUAUUACACAUAUCACAUUAGUGAAUUUUAGUAUUUAAUUUGCGACGUGUAAGGAGUUGGUAGCAACUUUACAGAUCCAGCAAUCAAUACAAGUGAAGGAAAUUUAGAUGAAACGGACUUGGGUUAAGAAGGAAUUGGAUAAUAUAUUAUUUCAUUUGAAAAGGAUAAAUAAACUCGUUAUCAAAAGUACUUAGAUUUGUUAGAUUUAAAAGAUUGA